CUGUAUGAUUUAGCUGCAGGAAGCAUUAAGAAGGAAAAACACUGCAAACGGGACGUGCAGCUUUCACUCUUUCAGUGUAGGGACGGGUUCCGUUCUGGCUCCUCAGAGGAGAACUUUUCCCACCGGGUCACACUUUGUUUCAGCUGCGCCCCCUCACUCUGGAGACUUGUCUUCUUAAUAUAAUCCGGAUUUUUUUUUUUUUUUUUUACUGCUUUUCUCCUCUCCCUCUCUCUCCCUGCGCUGGGUGUAAUCUGUGUGGAGGAUCGGAAAAGAAAAGAAAAAAAAAGAAGAAGAAGAAGAGGAAGAAGAAGAAGGCGACACCACAACAACUGGAGGACACGGGAUCGCUUCGGGAAUACCGCUUGGAGUUCUGGAGAGGCGGGGAGAGAAAAACACAACCCCGCAUAAUGAAAGCCGCCUUGGGAUUCUGCUUGGUUUUCCUCACGCUGCGCUCUCCCGGCGUGCUGUCCCUGUCCACACAUGUAGCAAUUGUUUACCCCCAGGACCCUGUGCUUCGCAUGGGGUCCAACCUGACCGCCAGCUGCUGGGUCCACCCUGAACUCGGGGUCCACGCCAACUCUCUUUUCUGGACGCUGAAUGGUCAUCAGCUUCCCAGCUCCCUCUAUCGAGUGCUGAGCCCGACCAACCUGAGCGUGACCCUGGCCGGGCUCAACGCCUCCAGGCAAACCUCUGGCGACAACCUCGUCUGCCACAACCACAAGGGACACAUAUUAGCUGGCUCCUGUCUCUAUGUUGGGAUGCCUCCAGAGAAACCAGUCAAUCUGACCUGCUGGUCCCGGAACACCAAAGACCUGACGUGCAGCUGGGCGCCUGGAGGUAAAGGAGAGACAAAUAUCAGCACGCUGUACAAGCUAAAGUACAAACUCAGAUGGUACGGCACCGAGAAGGAGUGUGAGGAUUACAGCCACACGCAGCCGUACUCCUGCAGCAUCACGCAGGACCUGCACCUCUUCACGCCGUAUGAGAUCUGGGUGGAGGCCUCCAACCGGCUGGGCCGAGCGACCUCCGAUGUCAUCAUCCUUGACAUCCUAGAUGUGGUGACCACAGACCCUCCGUCAGGUGUGACCGUCAGCCGCUUGGGCCAGCUGGAGGACCAGCUCAGUGUUCGCUGGAAGGCGCCGCCGGCUCUCAAAGAUUUCCUGUUUAAGGCUAAAUACCAGAUCCGCUACAGGCUGGAGGAGAGUCAAGACUGGAAGGUGAUGAAUGAUGUCGGGAAUCAGACGUCGUGCAGGCUGGCUGGGCUGAGACCUGGAACGGUGUAUUUCGUGCAGGUUCGGUGUAACCCCGUGGGAAUCUACGGCUCUCGCAAAGCUGGGAUCUGGAGCGAGUGGAGCCACCCCACAGCUGCUUCCACACCCCACAGUGAGCGACUGAUGUCCUGCGACUCAAAGUCCAGCGGCGACUCCAACUCCACCCUGCGGCGGGAGCUGAAGCAGUUCCUCGGCUGGGUGAAGAAGCACGCCUACGGCUGCAGCAGUAUGUCCAUGAAGCUGUACGACCAGUGGAGGGUGGACAUGCAGAAAUCGCCAAAAACUCGCAACCAGGUAGGUUCUCCAAGGGGAUAAGUCGUAGCACAUGCAGGCCCUGCAAGCAGAGACGAACUGAACAAAUCCAGUUUGUAUUUCUUUUGUUUGUCUGUUGUUGUUUUUUUUUUUUUUUUGUCUAUAUGUGUGAAUGAGGAAAAAAAAAAAUAACGAGAAAGAAAAAAGCGACUGCAUUCUCAUAUCGGAAAUGUAAAAGAAGAAAUCCAGAGGGGAAUAAAUUUAAAAAAAGUCGGAGACUCUUCGUUUCUGCAUCCUUUCCAGUCGAUUUGAGCUCGUCUAAACGGUGGAGCUGUUUUUACUCGUCACGGACAUUGCCAGAAAGAAACUAUGUGGGCGCAAACGACAUUGUAGCAUGAAGAUGUCGGACAGCGGUAAAGACAUUUGACAUGCAUUUGACCUGAAUGCGCACAGAAGAGAUGAAAACUAAUCCGAUUUCCGCUGAAGUGUUGGCUAAAGCACCUAAACGUGUUGUUAGUGGCAUUCGGAGCGCCAUCUAGUGGCCAGUCAGCAUCCACAAAUUCUCUAAAUGCUCCCUUCUCUCACAUCCCAAUGUAAAAAGAAACAUGAACAAAUUAUGAUUCAGUAUUUUAACGAGUGCUUCGCUAUGUUAGGUGGAUAAUGUGCCAAACUGGUCCACACAGGAUUUGUCUGUUUCUGAGUGCCAGUAUGUGACUGAUGGUGUUUGUGUCGGCUGCGGAAAGCCUUUAUUUUUGUACUAAAUCGUACCAGCAUAUUUAAAGUAUAAAGCUAUGUUUUAUAAUUCUUAAGUUAAAUUUAGUCAGUAAAGACUGUACAAUGACUGAAGUUGUUAUCAAUCUCUACCUGUGUUCUAUAAAAAUGUUGACAGAAAAA